AGAAGGUGUUUUGAGAUCUGCUCGAAUAUUCUAAAUAGAUCCAAUUAGCAGACAAUUCAUAUAAAUAGAUCUAGCAUCAAUAUCAUCUAUCGACAUCAGUAUCAUGAAGUAUUUCAUUGUACUCGGUCUUUUGGCAUUACUAGCCGUUGGCCAGGCUCAAAACGACGAAAAUGAAACUACAACUGUAGAUCCAUCUGAAGACGAAUCGUCCCCUGAUCCACCUCCACCACCACCGCCACCGAAACGUCCAGGACAUGGCAGACCUGGUCAUGGUAGACCGGAGAGACCAGAAUGGUUAAAACCUGGAUUUGGAUUUUUUGAAUCCGGACAUAGAGCUCCAUUGCCAAGGCCUUUGCAGCAACUAAGGAAUGUUUUCACACCUGUUGAUCCCCCCGCGAAAAGUCCCGAAGCAACAAAUGCAGAAGAACGAGUCCCUGUUGCAUUUGUAUUUGGAUCCGGUAAAGUAAAAGGUGAAUCGUUUAACGAUUACAGUAGUGGCCAUAGCUUCGGUGGCAACACUUUUGGUGACACCUAUGGUCAGGGUAUAGUCGUCAGAGACAAAGAAGAAACUACCAGCACUACACCGGGUUAUUACGAAUAUAUUUAUAGAAAAUAGAGAACUUCAACAAGACAAAAACAAAAAUAACAGAAUAAAGAUGUAGAAUAAGAAUUUAAGAAUUAAAUAAAAAUAUUAAAUAUGUUAAAGGGAAAAAUAGGGUCCAAAGUUUGAUCUCUAACAAAAUGAAUAUAUUGAUAGGAAACCGAGGUCAAAGCCUUUAAAAACCAAUUCCCGAGCACCAAUGUUAUAUUUGGGCUAUAUCGCUUAUAGAGUUUUCCUAUGAGAAAUUCCAAAUAACCAGAAAAAAUAAAAAGUUAAAAUGUGGAAUAUAAGAAUGAUUACA